CCUUCCUGGAAAGAGAUUCGUUGACGCCUUCUAACCUCUGCUCAGAAGGGGUUGUCUAAAAACUGGGGGAGUGCCACUGUAUAAAAGAAGCGCCCGUGAGCCGCAGUCUGAGUCCAGAACAGCGUCUCAGCAGCGGGACUAUAUGCGCAACAACGACAACACACUAACGUGCUGAACACAAAUGGGUACCACGGGGAAACGGGUCAUGUUUGCGCAGGACAACUGGGAGCGGAUCCAGGCCGUGGAGAAAUCGUUCGGGCCGUCGGGGAAGCCGCUGUACGAACCGGGUCGGCUUCUGAUCGGAGAGGGUCGGCUGAUGAAGAUGAGCCGCAAGGGGCCACAGCCCAGAAGGUUCUUCCUGUUCAACGACGUGCUGGUGUACGGCACCAUCAUCGUGAACGGCCGCUGGCACAAGAAGCAGAACAUCAUCCCCCUGGAGGAGAGUCAGAUUGAGGACCUGGAGGACGGAUCAUCAAUUAGAAACCAGUGGCUGAUCCGUACGCCGCGCAAGUCCUUCUACGUGGCAGCCGCCUCCCGGGAGGAGAAGCAGGCCUGGAUCCAGCACAUCGAGGACUGCCGGUCCGUUCUGGUGCAGAAAGGGGGGUGCCGGACCGGCUCCGACUUCGCCAACACCUGGAUCCCUGACUACGCCUCAGCGGUCUGCAUGCGCUGCUCCGGCAGGUUCUCGGUGAUGCAGCGUCGACACCACUGCAGGAAAUGCGGCUUUGUGGUCUGCGCCGCGUGCUCCAAGACCAGAGCGAUGAUCCAACACAUCCACCCGACUAAGUGCUUGAGGGUCUGCACCAGGUGUCACUCAAGCUCCUCGACCAGGACGACGCAGGAGGCCCAGCAGGUGUGUGACUGGAACGAGCGUCGAGAUGGAGAUGGAGAAAAGGCAUUGAGUGAGGAGGAGGAGGCCGAAGAGCAGAUGGAGGACCAUGACUCCGGCAAGUGGAACCCCGACAACUCCCAGACGGAGGCCUGGUCCAUCUACGUCAACCUCCAACCGCGUUACAUGCAGCGCUAAGCGUAAGUAGGGGGAGAAGAACAGCCUGGUGUGGCCUUGGUGACAUGGACAGGAUGGAUUGUGCAGUGGAAAGGCGUUCUCACUCUGUCCUUAUCAUAAAUCAUGUAUAAAGUUAAUAAAUAUAUGUUUAUACUUUACUUAGUUUUAUAUUUUGAUGAAUUUUAGGAUUAACUUCCUUUAGAUGGGCUGAAUCUGUGAAUUUUGUCAUGUGCCCUCAAUUCUUCUGUGUCUUGCAUUAUGUAUUUGUUUAUGUACUUGUGCAUAAAUGUUGACCACAAACGUAAAUAACGUCUUUGUACUUUCACGAGAAAUAUUGUUGGAGAGAAACGUGUGCAGUGACAUACACAUAAGUCCACAAUUUAGGAAGAUGUUACUGUUCAACUCAGCUGAUGUUUUUGUCAUAUAUGUCAACCUCAGAAGGAAAUGUUACAGCUCAGUGACCUGGUCAACAUGUAUUUUCUGUCCCUGUUGAUUUUUUUUUUAGUUCAUGACUAAAUAUCUGCAAACGUACAACCUGCCGUCCGAGCAGUUGGAUAACCUGAUGAAUACCGGAGCUACUUACUGUCAACAUGUUGUACAUUGCAAAAGAGCGGUGGGGUGAUUUACAAUUGAAUAGUUGGAUGUUUUCGCUGAAACUUGCACAACUGGUAUUUCCCACAAGCUCAAAAGUAAAAAAAGUCCCUAGACCGUUUUAGCACUGCACACCCUUUGACGUGCUUCUUUAUCUUUUAAGCAUGCGUCAGUGUUCCACACUGACAAAACUGUGACAGUCUUUCAAACCUGUUCGACUUACCUGUCUCUGGCAAGGCGGCAACAAUGAAAAAUAUGUUAUUGUUAACAUGUUAUUUUUGGCACAAUGAACUCAAACAGAUGGCCGAUGUCAUAAUCUCAAAAAGGAAAGUUGUUGUUCUUUAGCACGCACAGGUUAUAUAUAUUUUAUUAUGCAUUUAUAUCUACUGUGAAACUAUAACAACUGUAUGAUACUGUAACAUAUGAACAGGGGCAUUUGAUACUCACUUCUGUACAUUAGUAACAUUGUGAAUGCAUGGCUUUUUUUACUUAACAGAGCCUUUUACAUAGCAUUAUUACUAUUAUUUAGUAAAAGUAUCUGAAUACCUCCCCCCUACUGAGAGAAACGGCAGACUGAGGGAAAAGCCACUUGCUGCUUUGUUAAAACCACUACGACUUCAGAAAACAAGAAGGAAACACUUGGCGUGUUCAUCUUUUCUUUCAAAAUACCUCAUGUUUUGUCUGAGAAGCAUGGUUCCUCUUUAUGAAAACUGCUUCUUAACCCUUGUAUGGUGUUCAUU